GAGAAUGAAAUUGAUUUUCGCUUUUAUAUGAUGAUGAUGACGAUGAUGAUGAUGAUCUUCCACUGUAGCAUUUUGGAUCUUCUUGAUAAAUGUAAUCAUAAUUAUCAUAAUUAUUAUUAUAAUGAUUGUGGUCAUCAUAAUGUUUAGGAGGAAAUCUAUCGUGGUCCUCAUAAUGAUAUUUCUCAUCAUUAAAAUAUGAUAUUCCAACGCGAUCAUCACGUAUACUUGGAGGUGAUGGGUUUAUUACAUCGAUAUCAUUAUUAUUCGCGUAGAUUUGCCGUUCCUGUCUUUGUCUUUUUGAAAAAAGAAAUUCAUCGUAUAAACGACGCCAUCCCCAAAUUUUAUUUCUUGGCCUCCAGUGCCACGCUACGUUUGGAUUUCUACAUUCUACCAAAUAGAAGUCAACACCAUUUUCAAUUUUUUCAUCACGAAUGAGUAUAGGACGUUUACCAUCCCGGUUAAAUCUAUCCUUGCGACUUCUAUAUGGCCCAGUCAUAUUUUUUUUAUUCUUUAACGAAAGACCUUAUCUAUUAAAAUUCAAAUAACUCAAAUAAGAAUGAAAAAAUCGAUUAAUCCAAAUGAACUUUUUUUAAAUAAAGAAAUUAUAUGGUAAUUGAGUGG